UUUAUAAAUGUUUAAUAAUAAAAAAAAUAGAAUAGAAAAAUAAAAUUGGGAAGCACUGAUUUACUUCAAACCGUGUUGACCUUUCCAAGAUGGCGGCGCUAUUGAACAACCCAACGCGACACCUGCGUGUUAACAUCUAUGACAGAGAUCGUCCAUUGCUGUAGUAGCACUUCGCUUCCUUGAAAGUCAAGGAAAUCACCAGGGUCACCAUUUUAUUCCUAUUUUAUUUUAAAACACUCCAAAUGCCACUUUUCUGUCACUGGAACAAUAGUUGACUUUGUGUUGAGUAAAGCCCGACAGAUGUCGUGCAGCAGGUUUUUGUGACAGGGCGCUGCCGGUGAACGCGCUGGGCGUGUGUCAAGAUAACGCAACCAAGGGCUGGAUGUGUAAACUGUCAGGAACAGAUAAUGCUCAGUAACCGUCAACCCCGGUCUGCAACAAGUCGGUCUUUUUAACGAGAGCCCAGUGUCAUGCAGUCAAGAGUGUGUCCAGAUACUCCACUGUUUACAGCACCGCUCGAUCACUGGUCUUCUGACUUUAUACAGUAAGUUUCGGCAGAUUAUGAUUAGGUAAGAGACGUAAACUUUGUUUUGGUCGUCUUCUUCUCCAAAUGUAUGGGAAAAUGUUGCGAAUGACACGAGUUACUGUACGGACACUGCAACAGUGUAACAUCGCCUGCUGUCGGUCAGAUACAUUGUAUCAUUUGCCAAACCGGACCUCAAGAACACCUUGGAAAAGGCAAGUGUGUAAGAACGGAUCAUUUGAUGUCCUUGUGUCACCUGUCUAUAAGGAAAGGAACAUGUCCUGGGUCUCUUGUCUCAGAACCAGAGGAUUGUUUCUACCCAAGAGAGUGUGGACACACUCCAGACACACGGUUGCUCUCUAUAGCACAUCUACGGACUCCAAAGAAACCGCAAAGUCUGUGGUAAAUCAGGAGAGUAAAGUUAAAACCUCAGAAAACCCGUUACGUGUUCCCUCAGAAGAUGCCAAGAAGCUGGCACAGCUGGCGUACCCUCAGCGCUGGAGACUGACGGCUGCCGUGGGGUUUUUGGUGAUCUCCAGCUCCGUCACUAUGUCUGCUCCAUUUUUUCUGGGAAGAGUGAUCGACACUAUCUACACUAGCCCCGCAGAGGACUUCACCUCCUCCCUUACCUCCCUCUGUAUCAUGCUAACAGGGGUCUUCCUCUGCGGGGGUGCUGCAAAUGCUGCUCGUGUUUACCUCAUGCAAAUCUCAGGGCAAGAGAUUGUGCGAAAGUUGCGCGAAUCCCUUUUCUCCUCGAUUCUGAAGCAGGAGGUGGGAUUCUUUGAUAAGACCCGAACUGGUGAGCUCAUUAACCGUCUUUCGGCAGACACGACCAUCGUCGGCCGCUGCCUCACUGACAACCUGUCUGACGGGCUGCGCUCCCUUGCCCAGGCAGGGGCUGGAGUUGGCAUGAUGUUAUAUGUGUCACCUAGUCUGGCAGCUUUUGUGCUGAUGGUUGUUCCUCCUAUUGCCUGCCUGGCUGUAAUUUUUGGUAAAUUCUUACGUUCCAUAUCAAGGCGCACACAGGAUGCAUUGGCAGAGGCUACACAGUUGGCAGAAGAGAGGAUCAGCAACAUACGGACAGUCCGGGCUUUUGGAAAAGAGCUGACGGAGGUGCAGAAGUACUCGGAAAAGGUUGACUAUAUAUUUGAACUGGCUAAGAAAGAGGCUGUGCUUUCUGCUGGAUUCUAUGGAGUGACAGGACUGAGUGGAAAUGUCAUCAUCCUGAGUGUGUUGUAUAAGGGAGGUCUGCUGAUGGCCAGCGAGGCCAUGACCAUUGGGCAGCUCUCCUCUUUCCUAAUGUAUGCCUUCUGGGUGGGCAUCAGCAUCGCAGGUUUCAGCUCAUUCUACUCCGAGUUGAUGAAGGGGCUUGGUGCUGGUACUCGUCUAUGGGAACUCAUGGACAGAAAGCCUGAAUUUCCUCUCACUGAGGGGCUUGUGUUAAAACCAGAGCAGUUAAAGGGAGAACUGGAGUUUUGUAAUGUGUGUUUUGCUUACCCAACGAGGAAGGAUUCACCCAUCUUCCAAGAUCUAAAUCUGUCUGUGCCAGCGGGGUCAGUAAUGGCAGUAGUGGGAUCCAGUGGUUCAGGCAAAUCCACACUAGUGUCACUGUUGCUCCGGCUCUAUGAUCCUGAUUCAGGUGUGGUCACUGUUGAUGGCCGUGAUAUACGAGACUUGAAUCCUUACUGGCUGAGGAGUCACAUCGGUACUGUAAGCCAGGAGCCAGUUCUUUUCUCCUGCUCUGUUGCUGAGAACAUCGCUUAUGGGGCGGCUGACCCAAGUCGGGUCACAGUAGAGGACAUCUACAGGGCAGCGCAGAUAGCCAAUGCUCAUGACUUCAUCCAGGAAUUCCCUAAGGGCUAUGAUACAGUGGUAGGAGAGAAGGGGGUAUUGCUGUCAGGUGGACAAAAACAAAGAGUCGCUAUAGCACGAGCCAUGCUGAAGAAUCCAAAGAUACUGUUAUUGGAUGAAGCCACAAGUGCUCUGGAUGCAGAGAAUGAGUUUUUGGUACAGGAGGCAUUAGAGAGACUGAUGCAAGGUCGCACCGUGUUGAUCAUCGCUCACCGUCUCUCAACCAUCCAGAGCGCUGAUGCCGUGGCUGUGCUGGACCAGCACCGUGUGAUGGAGAUCGGCAGCCACGCCAAGCUCCUUGCCAACGACCAGGGGCUCUUCCGCAAGCUGAUGGAGAAGCAGGCCUUCCUGCAGGCCAAACAGAAACAGGCUCUCUUUUAAUAGGAGUAAUUAAAAGACAACAGAGUGAGCGCACAUAAAUUCAAACAUGUUUAAAGGUUUUUCGUUUGUUUGAUUGUGUUUUAAGCACUCUGAAAUGACUAAGACUGAAACGUAGCUAUUUAACAUGAACUGCCAAGUAACUGGAAACCAGUUGUAUACUGAUCAUUGUUAAUUACAAUGCCAGACAGUCACAGCAUACAUGCUGCGGACAUAAUUUAAUACUCAUCCGAGUUACAAAAAACACUGCUUUUUAAAUAGUUUUAUGCUUUCAUAGCCCAAGAAAAACAUUAAUAUAUAAAAAUAAAAAAGCUUUGGAAAAGUUUGAAAGUGAUAUGAGGGCGAUUUGAAAUAUGAGAAAGUUACUUGAUGCUACAACAUUACUUGUUAUAAAUCAUGUCAGUCCUUUAUUAAGGAACAGGUGAUAAUCAGUUAAGUGUACCUAGGGCCUUAGUCAUGAAAUACGCGCAGAAAGAAUUUCUGUGUUAACUGUACAUAAAACCAUUCCUAAGUUAACUGUUUCAUUUGAUUCAAUGGGAAAAUGUACACAAGAAUGGUUUAUGAAAACAUAAAUUAAUUUAAUGUACACAAAUUCAUUCUGCAUAUGUUUCAUAAGUAAUAUGGAUAAUGAAGCAUUUUGUGAGGGUGAUUACAGAAACAGUGGUGCGUCUGUCCUUUGGUAAUGACAUGACACAUGAAUCGUGCCUAGAUCAUAAACAGCAAAGAUUUUACUGGGAUGUAAUUCAACUCCAACCCAGUUACAGUGCCAUUGUUAUUUGUCAGUAAUGAAGAUGCUGUUUUAGAAGGAGCACCUGUAUGGAGUGUAGACCAUUGUAAAAAAAAAAAAAAAAAAAAAAAAAAAAAGGAUAUAUAUUAUUGUCUCAGUUGUAUUUGAGAACAGACACUAUGACAGAGGUAUUUUAAUGGACAUUUUUUUACCUAACCUAUAUAUAUAUCAUUUGGAUAAGAUUAAAUCUAUUGAGAAUUUUAGAAGAUUUUAAUACUUAGUGUGGUAACUUAUUAGCUUUCAGUUUGUGAAAUGUAUAUGUUUGGCUGUUUGUUUGUUUUUUUUUCCUAUUGUUUUAUCUGCUCUCUUAAUAAAUUACCUUGAAACAUUGA